CCAACUAUUAUAAUUAUCAUCAAUUUACUACAUUUCUGUGUGAAUAUGAACUCAACUGGGCUGUUUGAGCAGAAUCUCGGGAUCUGAUCAUCUGAAUUGAAAGUUUCUAGUUAUAUGUUUGUAUGUCUGACAAUCAAACUCAAUACGUAUGGUAACAUUAUGUUGCUGCUGUUAUUGACCUGGUCUGAGUCAGUAAAAAUAAGACAGAAAAACAAAACAGUCCAUAUGACUGAUGAUGAUUAUGGUUCAUGCAUGAGGUUAUUAAACAUUGAUUACAGUUUCGUCUGAUACGUUUAUCGCUGCCAUGACCCGGUGCUGCUGCCUGUGUCCGUGUCUCGGGCCGUCCGGGACCCGGCAGUGCCGCUGGCCGACACUAGAGGCCUUGCGCGCCUGCCGCUCUUGUUUUGGUUAGCCGCCUAGCCGCCUGUUAGCCCAUGCUCGCUGCCGUAGCCGGCUGGGAUGGUGACGGCGGUCCCAUGAGGCGGGGGAGCGGGGUCGUGUUUUCUGACUAAACGCCGACUGCAGCGCCGAGGCCAUGGCCGCGGUUUUCGACCUCGACUUGGAUCAGCCGGACGAGAACGUCUCUGAUGACGAACUCGAGGACGCGAACCAACUCAACGAAUACAUGGACCAAUGCAGCAGCUUUGAUUUUAACAUGGACGACUGUGAGAAGUUUGAGAUCUCAGAAAACAACGUGAACAAGGGAACGGAGCAGAUCAGACCGGAGUGUUUUGAGCUGUUGAAGGUUUUGGGUAAAGGUGGCUAUGGAAAGGUAUUUCAAGUUCGAAAGGUGUCUGGAGCCACUUCAGGGAAAAUAUUUGCUAUGAAAGUUUUGAAGAAGGCUAUGAUUGUGCGUAACGCAAAGGACACGGCGCACACCAAAGCUGAGAGGAACAUCCUAGAGGAGGUGAAGCAUCCCUUCAUCGUGGACCUCAUCUACGCCUUUCAGACCGGGGGGAAGUUGUACCUCAUCCUCGAGUAUCUGAGCGGAGGAGAGUUGUUUAUGCAGCUGGAACGAGAGGGCAUUUUUAUGGAAGAUACAGCAUGCUUCUACCUGGCUGAGAUCUCGAUGGCUCUGGGUCACCUGCACCAGAAAGGCAUCAUUUAUAGAGACCUGAAGCCCGAGAACAUCAUGCUCAACAAUAAUGGUCAUGUGAAGUUGACAGACUUUGGUCUGUGCAAAGAAUCCAUCCACGAUGGAACAGUCACCCACACUUUCUGUGGCACAAUUGAAUACAUGGCUCCAGAAAUACUGAUGAGGAGUGGACAUAACCGAGCCGUGGACUGGUGGAGCCUUGGGGCCCUCAUGUAUGACAUGCUAACAGGCGCACCUCCAUUUACUGGUGAAAACCGGAAGAAGACCAUCGACAAAAUCUUGAAAUGCAAACUUAGCCUUCCACCUUACCUCACACAAGAAGCCAGGGACCUUCUGAAAAAGCUGCUGAAACGAAACGCCUCGCUGCGACUCGGGGCUGGACCAGGAGAUGCUGCUGAAGUUCAGGCUCACCCAUUCUUCCGACAUAUAAACUGGGAUGACCUCCUUGCUCGCAGAGUAGAGCCUCCGUUCAAACCUUUCCUGCAAUCAGCCGACGACGUGAGCCAGUUUGACUCCAAGUUCACCAGCCAGACUCCAGUGGACAGCCCCGAUGACUCCACACUCAGCGAAAGUGCCAAUCAAGUCUUCCUGGGUUUCACAUACGUAGCGCCGUCUGUGCUCGAGAACGUUAAGGAGAAGUUCUCCUUCGAGCCAAAGGUCCGCUCACCGCGGAAGUUCCCUGAAAGCCCAAGGACACCUGUGAGUCCAGUGAAGUUUGCAGGAGGGGACUGUUGGCCCCGGGUGCCCAUGCUGGUGGGCUGCGGAAGCUCAGGAGAACAACCCAUGGACGUGUCAGUGGAGCAAAUGGACACAAGUAGCAGCAACACCUCCGAGGCGUCUGCCCCACUUCCUAUCAGGCACCCGUCAGGAAUCCACGCCGGGCCAUACAAAAAGCAGGUCUACCCCCUGAACUCUAAGCGGCCUGAGCAUCUACGAAUGAACCUAUGACCUUUUGUCUUGCCUACAAACACUAGGAUUCUUCCAAUUCCUCUUCAGUUCACUUUUUUUUAUGAGACUUGUAGAACAUUAUCUUUCCCUUCGAUCGCGAUCACCAGCUCUUGGAACCACGCCUUUUCCUCCUUGGAGUCCAAAGUGGUCUUGUCUCUGGACUCAUAACCUCCUUGGCCUCCUACAGCUGCCCACGGUGCACACGCAGCUGGUCAGAGGCGUGAAACUCGAUUUACUCCAGGUGGCUACGGUAACUGGCAUUACCAUAGAAGUUAUUGGUGCUCUCUCAUUCUCAAGUUUGAAUGACGUUUCUUUGAGUGUCUCUGAAUACCUGCCUCCAUCAAAGCAAGAAUUCGAAGUUUCCUUCUCCCUCAACGUGCCUGGCUACUGUUUGUUUAAAAAUCAUCCUAUGAUAAUAACCCAAAGGCCACACUGUCAGUAUGUCGACUUACUUUACUUACUUACUUACUUACUUUACACUUCCAUUGUGAACACAGCAUUCCUUUUAUGUUGGAUUCCAUUGCCUUUGUCGCUGGAGGGUGUGGGGAGGAGCCAGAUCACGACUUCAGCAGCUAUAAAAAGGCCGGAGUGAAGCUUUAGAUAAAAGCAUCACUUCCGCCACGAUCAAUACCAAAUACUCACACUGCUUUCUUUAGCCCAGCUGGGUUAUUUCUGUAGGUGGCCUGUCUAGCACUGUUGCAUUUCCUUGUGUUGAAUGUAAGCAGACUUUAUUGCCUUGUUUAAAUUUGUCAUUUAGUUCCUUCUGAUGAGCCCUGCACUAUUAUUUUUACCUCUUCUACUCAUGCAGCCUCAUUGUCACUGUCACGCUUGGAGACCAACACACAUGCUGACCCAAAAUACGCUUAACCCAACUGAAACCACUCUUUUGCCUGUUCAGGGCUAUUCUUGUGCUUACAGGGCUCAGUGUUGGGAGAUUGUCCAUAUUUAUUUGAAACGCAUUCAAGCUGGUUGUGAUGUUGAAUCUGCAGGAUGAGCCUCUGCAGUAGUUCACCCUGAAACUGACCCAACAGACAGAUUCCUGUGACAGUGAAUGAAAAAAAGGGUUUGUUUGAAUGGCUCCAUGAUGUUUCUUGCACUGUUUCAAUGAAUCAAAUGAUUUUUUUUGCUGGUACACAUUCUGAACAGUAAUUUUUUUUUUUAGUAUUGUGCUUCACAUUUCUUCAUAUCUGCUUUACUUCCAAAUGAUGAUGUGAAGCUUGUGUAGCAGCUGCAGAGGUCAAAUGAUCUUUAUCUACCAUUCUGGUAAAACAGAUGUUUGUUUGUCUUCUAUUUUUACUGCUCAAAGGUUUUUUUUUUUAAAUUUUAUUUAUUUUAAGUGCCAUUGUGUUUUCACUGUAUUGUUCACUCUAUGCAAACUAGGUAUUUAUUAUGUAGUAUUAUUUACAUAUGACAGCAGAAUGUGAUUGGACAUUAUGUCUUGGUUCAUAAUGGUAAGUGUAUGGCGUUAGAUAUUAUUUCCAUAGAACAUAGAACUCAGUAAACCUCAGAUGCAGCUUUUUGAAUUCCAAAAUUGAGGAUGCUGAAUGAAACAUUUUCCAGUAUUUGUGUGCAUAUUCUUUUCCAAAAAAUGUUUUGAUACCUUAAACCUUCCUUUCUAAAAACUUGAACUUUAUUUUUUUUUUGCAGUGUUUAACGCAAGGCUGCAUGAGGUUGACUUUGACUCCUUUUGUUCAGGUUUUCUUAUGACCCACCAUCCACACACCAUAUUAUUCACCGUACUUCAGGUAGGGAAACGAUGGUUGAGUGACUAGUGUUUGGUUUGUCACUUCUACAUAUGUUCCUUCAAAUGGGGAACAUGAAUAUGUAUCAUGUACAUAAUAAAGAAAAUGUAUACAACAA